CUCUACAAUACUCAAAGCUCAACUUAGUACAAAUUACUAAAGACCCAUUUCUUUUGCAGCGAAUAGGAAUCGUCCUCUGUUAAGAGUUCCCUAAUUCAUGUCCCUUUUAUUUGUUUAAUUCAAUUCCCUUGGAAAACGAAGAAGUGAGAGGUGAUUGAUUCUCUGGAGUUUGCUCUGGAGAGUGUGAAGUUGUUCCUCUUCUCUUCACUUGCAGACGAAGGAGAGUUGAGCAUCUGGAGAAUUCUGGGCAAUGAAGAUCGAAAACGAAAACGAAAACGAAAACUCUGCGUUCCCAUCGUUCUCUUCACUACUUUGCAACUUUGGAAACAACGACGUUCAACUUCAACUUCAAAUGGCCAACCCAGACCUCUCCUUCCCUGCCUCCAUUAAUGCAUCUUCAAUCCUUGAUUGCCCUAUCCCAGGACUGUUUAGUACUGCUGCAACUACUACUACUACUACUACUACUACUACUACUACUACUUCUACUUCCAUGAACGAGAAUACUUCCCAGAAGAGGAUCUCCAAUGUCUCUGUUCCACAGACCCAAUCUGGUUCUGUUCAUGAGGUGGCCACUAUGGAACAGAGUACGAGGAAUGUCAAGAGAAGGAAGGCAAAGUGCAGUGGGGAGCAACGCCAUCACCUCCGACCUCGACCUGAGAAACCUUCAGUGACCCAUGAGAAACCUGUUUGUGAUUUGCAGGCACCUGUGAGAAGAAGCCAAAGGCUAGGAGAUAGGAUAGCAGCUCUACAGAAGCUAGUUUCUCCCUUCGGAAAGACAGACACAGCUUCAGUGUUGCACGAGGCUUAUGUUAAUAUCAAGCUCCUUCAAGAGCAGGUUCAGAUGUUAAGUGCUGCAUACUUCAGAACCAAUCUGUAUCGCCCACAGGGCAUUGGAGCAAAAGAAGAGGACUUGCGAAGCAGAGGCCUUUGCUUGGUUCCCAUACCAUUUACACAGAAUCUGAAUACAGAAGAAAAGACUGAACGUUCUCUAGCCAAAAGAAUCUAAGCUGAGACAAACAUUUCAUAUGGAUCCCAUCGUUUAAUUUGCACAAUUCUAUGGAAUCUCAAUUGUUUUAUGAUAGUACAUGUAGUAAAAACCAGUAAAACUCAUUUAAGUAGACAUGGUUAUCUCUUCACCCACCUUAGAUGCAUCUCAUUGAGAAAUACUACAUUUUUAUGUAUGAACUCGUUCACUUGCUCUUAUUAUUAUUAUUAUUAUUAUUAUUAUUAUUA